UUAAGUCCUUUCGGGGAUCAGUUAGUGAUACAAAUUCAUUACCGGUGUUAACUGCUGAAAACCAGGAACAGUGGACAUUUCGUGACAUACAUAUUUUUAUUAUUUAUUGAUUUUUUCCCUUCUUUUUUGUUCUUGCUUCCUCGUUAUUCUUCACUUCAAUGUCUUCCGUUGGAUGGUAGCCACCGAACAUCCAGAAUACCAUCUCCUCUGCGAUUCCUGAUGGAUGCUUAUAACAUGGCGAUUUGUAAUCGACCUCAGGACAGGAGAUAAAUACAUGCUGAACGCUCACCGGAAACUAUUGGGGUAUCGUUGAAGCUUUAAAUGCCGAUGAUGUCUGCUCCCAACGACCUCAAGUCCUCCUGUGUGCCGAGGAAUGGCAUGGUGAAGUUGCCCCCUCAGCCCAAUGGCCUAGGCUCCGCCAGCAUUACCAAAGGGACUCCAGCUGCCAAGAACCGCCUGUGCCAGUCAUCCUCUGUGCCCACCAUCCUGCUCCCCCCAAGCCUGCCAUACCACAUGGAGCCCCUCCCUACGGCUGCUUCUUUGUUAGGGUCUGAUCUGGAUACUGGAUCCCCCACCUCUGAUCUCCCCCCUCUCCAAAAGCUCUCCAAGCCCUCCCUGGAGAGACAGCUGGUACUGGAUGAGAAGGUGUUGAACCGCCUGCUGUGGUACUUCACCACUGCCGAAAAGUGCAUUCUGGCCCAGGUAUGCAAGACCUGGCGGAAGGUGCUGUACCAGCCCAAGUUCUGGGAUGGUGUGACACCCAUUCUCCAUGCCAAGGAACUGUAUGCCACUCUGCCCAAUGGCGAGAAGGAGUUUGUCAGCCUGCAGGCCUUUGCACUGAGAGGGUUCCAUGCCUUCUGCCUGGUGGGUGUCUCCGACUUAGACAUUUGUGAGUUCAUCGACAACUACCCCCUAUCCAAGAAGGGCGUGAAGUCUGUCAGUCUAAAAAGAUCCACCAUCACAGAUGCAGGAUUGGAGGUGAUGUUGGAGCAGAUGCAGGGCCUGAUGCACCUGGAGCUCUCGGGGUGUAACGACUUCACCGAGGCGGGGCUGUGGUCCAGCCUCAACGCGCGGCUCACCUCCCUGAGCGUCAGCGACUGCAUCAAUGUGGCCGACGACGCCAUCGCCGCCAUCUCCCAGCUGCUGCCCAACCUGUCGGAGCUUAGCCUGCAGGCCUAUCACGUGACCGACACGGCCAUGGCCUACUUCACCGCCAAGCAGGGCUACACCACCCACACGCUGCGCCUGCACUCCUGCUGGGAGAUCACCAACCACGGCGUGGUCAACAUGGUGCACAGCCUGCCCAACCUCACCGCCCUCAGCCUCUCGGGCUGCUCCAAGAUCACCGACGACGGCGUGGAGCUGGUGGCCGAGAACUUGCGCAAGCUCCGCAGCCUGGACCUGUCCUGGUGCCCGCGCAUCACCGACAUGGCGCUCGAGUACAUCGCCUGCGACCUCCACAAGCUGGAGGAGCUGGUGCUGGACCGGUGUGUGCGCAUCACUGAUACGGGGCUGGGCUACCUGUCCACCAUGUCCUCUCUGCGUAGUCUCUACCUGAGGUGGUGUUGCCAGGUGCAAGACUUUGGCUUACAGCACCUUUUCAGCAUGAAGAGCUUGCGCCUUCUGUCUCUUGCAGGCUGCCCCCUGCUGACCACCACGGGCCUCUCUGGCUUGAUUCAGCUUCAAGACUUGGAGGAACUGGAACUGACCAACUGUCCGGGGGCCACCGCUGAACUCUUCAAGUACUAUUCUCAGCACCUGCCUCAUUGCAUGGUCAUCGAGUAGUGAGGGGGGAGGGAAGACAGAGCACUGCGCCACAACACCAAAACCUUCUCCUUCAGUCGAUAAAAAAAAUAGAAAGCCGACCAAACCAACAUUAUCCCGAGCCUGAGGGGGACAGGAAAAGGGAACACGGAUAAGGAAAAGAUGGAAGAGGAAAAGCAAAAGAAAUGCUGGGACAUACAAAUUAGAGGGUCGUGACUGACUGACCUGUACAAAAAGGGGAAAGCCUAAGAUGAAAGACACUUCAGAGGAAAAGAAUUCUGUCAAAUCAAACACCGUUCAACACCAUCACCCACACAUACAUACACUUGCACACACACACAAACAGCGUAUGAAAUGCGGAAGCCCGACAGACAAUGAAACUUAGCUUCGGUGUGACAUCAUUCCGUGUUUUUUCAACUAAUAAAAAAGCGUGUACAGGCUCCUCUGAUAUCGCCCCAUUCUGGCAGCUGGAGAACAGAGAAAGAGGGGUGAGUUCAGGAGAAUGGCGGCACCCAACCUCUCACACUCUUCAAGAUGCCGAUACCCCCAUCCUCAUGUCUGUGUCUUAAGAAAAAAAGGAAAAAAAGCUAAUUCGAUUUUUUUGUCCAAGCUGCACGCUUACUCGCUUGUUGUCAUGCAUUUUUUUUAAUAUUAUUUUUCUAAAUAUAAUUUUUUGAUUAACAGGAUAAAUCUAAAAAAAACAUUUGUGGUAAGCAAUCAAGUAUAGGAUUUUCUGGAGGAAAGAGACCCCUCCACAAAUGAACAAGGUUGAGUGCAGAAAAAAUGCGCAGUGGUUUGAACAGCACUGCCGUUGUGCAGGGGUCAGAGGUCGACCCAGACACGAAGCUUGCGGCCUGGAGAUGAAGCCUUCGGGAUGGACGCUGGGCUGUUUUGAGGGGAAGGGGAAAUUAGAGGUGGAGUAACUUACUACUUUCUCUUACUUGUGGUCAUGAGGGACUUUGCUGUGUAAAUGUUGAAUAACACGCCCAGCUUGGCCUUUACAAAUGACACCAAUCUCUUUCCGUUUUGGAAGUCAUAUAAUAUUAGUGGCUUGUGUGCAGGUUUGAGUGUUCAGCUAGAGGUGAAACUGCAAUCCAUUUCCUCUGGUCUCUGUGGUUGCCAGUGCUGCCCAGUGUGGGAGACAGGUGAAACACUCCAAAGGACAGAAGUUGCAUGUAAUAUUUGUUAUUUCUGAUCUGGCCAAAUGUUCAUACAGUACAUACAAUAACAUAACACAUUAGUUGUGCUAGAGCACCUCAGAGUGAAUGAGGUAACUACUGUUUCAGGAAUGGAAGCACACACUGUCAGCCAUAUUGUGCAAGACCAUAUGCAAAAUUAUACCAUUGCAUUGCAUUGCAUUGUAAUAUGUAAUUAAAAAUAACUUACGUAACGAUACAUUUACAAAUACUGUAUACAGAUGUACAUUGAUGGAUGGGAGUGGACUAUUUGAAAUUGAUUUUGAAGAAUUGCAGAAUAUAUUAGCCUAGACCAUUUUCAAGAGACAAGAGUUAUGGAGGGAAUCCGCUAAGUCUGUUGAGCACUGGCUCAACACCACCUUAGAUGUAAUGAAGGGGCAUUUUUCCCACCCCAGGCCUGCUUUCCUGCUCCUCUCUGGCUGCUCUGCACUCCAGCAGCAACCCUUUCAUGUUCUCAGUUCUUUUUUUAACCAUAUGUUACGGUACAAUUAAUAGUUGGCGGGGCUUUUUUAACUCUUUGCCUGGGAGGGUGAAAGCUCCACCCAUUUCUCUCCAGCUCCUUGUUUUCGUUUUCUCAUGUCGUCCUCCUGAUGGAUUUAUUUCUCGAGACACAGCGCUCUCUCGCUCUGCUCUGUCUAUGCCUGACCUCCACGACAGUCUCUGUUGUUUGAAGAGCGUGGCAGAGAGAAUGUAGAAGCAGUUUACGCCAGCGCUGGGCUUCCAGCCAGGCCUGCAGACAGGUCUGAACCUUUAACACACAUGCAUGCGACUAACGGCAUGCUGUUUACAUUCUUUUUCUCCUAGAAAGACUCAAGUUUCCUGUCACCAUAAUCUGUUGUUGGAAGGACGUGGUGUUUAUCCAGAGUUUGGUUAACAUCAGACAUACCUAUGGGGGGAAGAGGCUUUAUGUCAUAAUGGGGACUUCUGGUGGCUAUAUUCAGCCCUCCUUCUCUCAGUAGCAACUAUGUAAGAUAAAAACCGAUGUUACUAAGACAGAAUGAAUGAAUCCCCAUCAUUCUGAAGCCACUAUUUUAUUGAGCUUGCUUGCCUCCAGUUAGAUUGGACUUUUCCAAGCUUGGACCGGGUCAUUUUGCUUUUAAGAGCAGCCAAACAGCUAGAGGCCUCUCUGUGUUGGUGAAGGUCAGGUUGGACAGGCAAAGGGAAGGAGAACGAAGGAGUUUAUCUUGGAAUUGUAAGGUUUCUACUCCAGAGGUAAAGCAAGACACUGGGAUUUGAUUCCUCUGAAUGGGCACAAUGACAGCAGAGCACUGACACCCGGUUUCCACCCCAUCACCCUCUCAUGUGUUUCCUUUACUUAUUUAUUGAUGGAAUUAUGUAUUUAUUUACUUGUACAUCCCAGUGUGAAUAUCUAUUUAUGUAUGAGUAUUUAUUUAUUUAUAUAUUUAUUUACUGAGGAGUCUUACGGAGAAGUGGGUCGUGUUGUUUUGGGCUGGCUUCAACCUUAAAAGGGAACAGUGUGAAAAAAGGGAUUUUGGAGCCAUUAUUAUUGUCUUCCCAUUCUCUCUGUGCUCAUAAUCCAACUUGGCCAUCUGUUGAACUGGCGGAAGUGUUCUGCAGAAUCGGCAGUAGUUUGCAGUGGCUGCUUGCUGUGGUACUCGUAUUUUCCUGGGUGGUCUCGUUGGUAACAGCCAAGUUGAGGGGAGGGUAAGAGAACGGGCACUUGCACGAGCAGGAGUGAGGAUGGCUGGUGUAAUACAGUGCAGCACUGUCUGCUGAAGCUGGCUUUUCUCACUUAGUUGUGCUUCAGCUGCCCCCCUGACUGUUGUCGCUUAUGGUGGGAUGUUUCUCAUAUUACUUUUGCUCAUCCAAGUUCUGGAUCUGUGUGUCAGGUGACGACAAGCUUCACAGUGCAGUGAUAUGACAACAGUUUCAGUAGAUAAAGUUGACCAGUGUCAUCAUCAUGUUAUAUCAGAGUUGUGAUAAAAUUGCACAGGUACACAUGCAAGUCUGUUGUGAAGUCCAUGUUUUAAAAUAAACGCUUUGCUCUUUUUGGACUAAUCCAUGACAUGUGGCUUUUGCCAGCAUUUUGGUCGACAGUCAAACCUGGACACUUGCCUGUUCAGCAGCAGAAGAGGUGCCUCGGUACACAGUGGCACUCUGACCCAUUUACUGAGGGUGAAAAGGCUUGGCUGAGGCUUGUUAAUUUGGGCUUAAAUCUAAGCACAUGCAGUGGAAAGGAUUUGUUUCUUUGUUUUUGACCCUUUGCUUUUUCCCCCAAUAGGAAUU